UUUAUGUUUUUUCUGUUUAUUUGUUUAUUAUGAUCACAAAUUUAGGUUAGAAUGAUUUUUACGGGAAAGAAGUUUGUUGUUUUUAAAAUGUUCCUUGUUGUGUAUAUACGUUCAAAGUGUAUUCACUUUUGAUAAAAUAAUUUCGUAUCUGACGAAACCCCUAGAAAAAGAAAGAUCUACGCCCUUGAGAAAUGAACCCCAUUAAGGAGAGCAGACGAAAAUUCAACGAUUUCUGAACAAAAUUACUUCAAAAAAUGGAGGCCUCUGAUUGGUCCACCCCCUACAAUGAGAGCAAUUAACUUCUACCUGACUCUUAAAUACGGGGGUUUAAAUACAAUUGUCCCAUUCCGUGAAGUCAAGUGUGAGUGAGUAGGUGCUGUGGUAGUGUGGUGUAAGCACAGAAUAGAGAGGUAAUACCUCUCUAUUCUGUGGUGUAAGUUUCUCAGCCAACAUGCAGAGGUCUACGCCAAGAGCGGUUGUCAAUCGCUCUACAAAUCGGAGAUCAAGGUCGAGAUACGAAUGCCGGAGAGUAUAUUUUACCCCGCAAACUAUAUAGUUAUGGCGGAGGCCGAACCUGAUCUUUCUACCUUCGAGAACAAGACUGGCCUUGCGGAGGAUAUGAAGUUUUUGGCCUCAAUGCCUGAACUUUGUGAUGUGACGUUUCUGGUUGGUGACACUAGAGAACCAGUUUGUGCUGUUAAAGCAGUGCUUGCUGCCAGGUCUAGGGUAUUCCACAAAAUGCUUUAUCAGGCCCCAAGUCCUCAACGUAAAAAAGAACCACAACCCCGUGAGAAUAAAUUGAGACUUUUUCUAAAAAGAUCAUCUGAGCCUCUGCUCAAUUUGCAGAAUGCGUCUCAACAGCCUACAAGCCAGCAACAUCAAACACUCAUUAUAGAAGAAUUUGAACCAGAUGUGUUCCGUCAGCUAAUAGAAUAUAUACAUACUGGCUGUGUUACUCUUCAACCUAGAACUUUACUAGGUGUUAUGAAUGCUGCCGAUUAUUAUGGACUAGACGAGCUUCGAAGAGCAUGUGCUGGAUUUGUACAGUGUUGCAUUAAUGUGGAUACUGUAUGUGCUCUUCUGGCAUCAGCUGAACGAUACAUACAGUACAAGUGCACGAAAACUCUGGUACAAAAGGUUUUAGAGUUCGUAGACGAACAUGGAAAUGAGGUGUUGAAUCUUGGUUCUUUUACAUUAUUACCCCAACAUGUGGUACGCUUGAUAUUGGCACGAGAUGAACUACAAGCAGACGAGUUCACCAAAUUUCAAGCGGCCCUUAUGUGGGGUAAAAAAUAUUGCGACAACAAUCCCAAUCCGAACCUGAAAGAGGUCAUAUCUAAUUUCUUGGAAUACAUUCAGUUCCAUAAAAUUCCUGCCAAUGUGUUGAUGAGGGAAGUGCAUCCAUUGGGAUUGGUACCUUACCACAUCAUCAUGAAUGCUCUGGCCUAUCAGGCAGACCCAGCAAGUAUCGACCCCGGAAAGCUAUCACCCAAUAGAAUGAGACGUCAAAGUCAAGGCAGAUCUAUGUCUGUCCAGUCAAGCUUGGACCCUUACGGUUCAAGGACCACCCUAAGCAGUAGCGGCUCUAGCGAACUGGCCUCUUCAGAUGGAAAGCAUUCCUCCAACUAACAUACGGCCCCUACCCCCGCCCAAUUGCCAUCUGUCUAUCCACCUGUCCAGCCUCCCACCGUCACAGUGUCUUCCUCUUCUCCAAGCUCUACACCUUUCUCAUCACCAGCGCACUCGUUCACCUUCACCAUCGUGCUCAAGAAGGUUACGCCGAUUGAUUAGCAUUACGAGACUUUGCAGGAGGAGACCAUCAACGAAGAGGGGAUUGGGGAAUCGAGGGAGACGCUCAUUUGAGCGUCCCCUCGAUUUUUCGAUCACCCGUAAGGUCAUCGUGUAGAAGGGUUUAUAUUUAACAGUCAUGGAAAUAUAUUUUCCCUAACAGAAUAGAGGUAAACGCUCAAGGCACAAAGAUAUAAAAAAUUCGAGACCACAAAAAUCUUCAAAACAGCCCAAGUAACCUCCACAAACACUAUUUACAACCAGAAAUUCGGUAUUAUCCUGAAUUUUAAAGAGAGAUCUGUUUUAGUCAGGGUUCCCGGCACUCGGGAAUCAGAGGGAAUGAGGAGGCCAACACACUUGCCAGAGAAGGAGCACAAACUCCUUUCAUCGGCCCGGAACCUUUCUGAGGUGUAGACAAAUGCACCUACAAGAAAGAGUUUCAGGAAAAGGAGGUAAUCG